AUGUACUGUAGCAUACAUAAUUUUGGAUAUAGUUUGCUUGAUGGACCAAUGACAUGGCAAGGACUAUGCAAAUUUGGCAAACGUCAAUCUCCUGUGGAUAUCUCGGUAUUCGAUAUUGAAGUCCUACCUCUACCACCUUUACUAUUCAUGAACUAUGAAAGUUUUGGUGACAUCACUUUGAAAAAUAACGGACACACUGUGAUCGCAGAAGGUUUUGAUAGCUGGGGCGACAAGCGACCUUUCAUUAUAGGCGGCGGUAUCAAUGGUACUUACCAAUUAUCACAAUUUCACUUCCAUUGGGCACUACAAAAUGAUGUUGGCAGUGAGCAUACAGUAUCUAGUUUACACUUUCCUGCAGAGCUUCAUUUGGUACAUGUAAAGGAAAAUCCCACACCAGACGAAGUCAAUACUAUUGCGGUUGUGGGAGUAUUCAUAACUCUUGGAAAUUACACUGAAACUAUCAAACAUCUCACACCUUUUAUCCAAAAUAUCAAAAUGCCUGAUAUGGAAACUUUGGUAACAAAUUUUUCACCUAAUUCGCUAUUACCAUUGAAAAAAGAACAUUUUUACCGUUACGAAGGCUCACUUACUACACCGAGCUGUGAUGAAUCUGUGGUAUGGACUAUCAUGGCUAGUCCCAUCACAAUAACUCCAUUUCAGGUAAGAACUGAAAAUAUCAUAAGUAAUUUUAAUUCUAUAUGA